AUGAGCUGGCUAACAAGCCUCUUCCUCCCCUGUGCUCAACCCCGAAAACCAACCAACGGCUCCUCUUCUCUACGAAGCAACCCAUUACACCAUGACCCCCCAAAGCAACCAACAUAUAUUGACUCCUCCGGCCUCCCCCAGAAACCCCACCGAAUUGCCAGAAAGCCCCCCCCGCAGGAGACAGCACCACCCUCCAUCCGCAUCGUCGAAUACUCAGAUUCGGAACCUACACUGGAAUGGGACGAAAAAGACCAGUUAAACACUGGGUUCUCCGACGCGGCGUCGUUUCUCAGCGAUGAUCGGACAAUCAUAAUGCCUGAACCUGACGAGGAGGCUGUUCUUGUGGAGAUGAGGAAGAUUGAGAAGGAUUUGGCUACGACGGCACCACUACCGGCUGUGACGUCGCCUAGAAGAAAUUCGAGGACAACAACUAGGACAUCGGCUUGUCUGGAUAUGAUUCCAGAAUUCAGAAAUUGCAUCACGGAAGCGAUUAGGGAGGAACAAGAACCGGAGGAGCUGACCGACAGGAUUGGAACUGCUGUCACUACAUCACCGGAGCAGGAGGCAUCAAAGACAGGAGCUCUGAGCGAGGAAACAUUAACAGAGCAAAAGGAGCCACAAGGAAACCAAGAACACCAAGAGUCGGAGCAUCGACAACAGGAGCAAGUGCAAAUCCAGGUGCAUGAGCCUAAACAGCAACCGGAGCCGGUGUCAGCACCUGAGCCAUUGCAAUACAAAAAGGAACAAGACUCCCACCACCUCUCCUACCUCUCCACCCGCCUAAGCCGCCGUCGCUCUCUCAUUGACAUUUUCAAUGCCCUCCGCGCCAGCCAGCGCUCUAGCUUCCGACUCAACCUCGAGUUCUCCCCCAAGUUUUACUCUGGCCCCUUCAGCCCAUCUUCUCCGACAUCUUCCAUGACUGCUUUCUCCCCACCCAUGUCCCCUGUUUCGACUAUCUCGCCUCUUUCGCCAACUCUCUCCGAUGAGACGAUCAUGGUGGAUUCAAUCGAGACAGCGUGCGCGGUGCAGAUUGCCGGACGAAAGGAACCACAGGAGGUUGUGCAUCAGGCAAUUACACCGGAUGAUAAUAUCUUCCAGUUUCGCUAA